GCAUUAUUGCACCAGUGGAGCGAAAACUCUACCUUUUCGUGCAUGUUGAGGCUGCGCGUGACGAAGGCUGCGCUCGAGAAGAUAAUAACGAUGCCGAGACGACGAACCUCAAGCCUGCCAAUCCAUGGAACUAGCGCAGUUCCCUGUCAACAACCAGCAUCAGUGCCCUCGUCUGCGGACCACCCACUGCCGCAACAGCAGCACUCAAAAUCCACGCCGUUGGUGUCGGCGGCGUGGAAACCUCCUCGAAAAGAGGAAGGACAACUAGACAACGACGCCAUAGACGAUCCACGCGGUGGACCAUUGAAGCUGGAUGACCUGCAGCUGAACGUCCUUGCGAAAUCGGAUGCGUUUCUCGUGCUCAACAAGAACCCCGACGUCCGUCUCGACGGUGACUUCAACGUCACGAUUGAAAAGGCCAUGCAUCGUGACUAUCCCGAGAUUGCCAAGUUCCGUUGGAUCCAUCAACUGGACUUUGCAACGUCUGGCGUCAUGUGUGUCGGCCUCACGAAAGAGUCCACGGCGGCAGCGAGCGGUCUCUUUGCCAAAAAGUGCGCCGAGAAGGAGUACUUGGCGCUGGUUCACGGCACGAUGCCAUUCACUCCACCCCGUGGCCACAAAUGUUGUACGCUGUCACGGGUACCCGACUUCAUCCACGACAAGGACCACCCGAAGGUGAUCCUACAGCACCAGCACAAGUUCACCAAGCAGUUCAAAGGGCCACGCACCGGUCCGUCCCUGUUUGCCAUGGACCAAGGGGUGCUUCGGCGGAAACUCGCGGCUGCUGGCACCGCCACCACCAUAGCCGACGCUACGUUUUUGGGUAAAAAGUGGAACGAUUUAUGCGACAACGUUCAGAAAACGUACUUUGAUCGCGCCGCCGCCGACAAACUUCGUUUUGACGCCCAAGUGAAGGCGAUGGAAGCGGAGACGCUACCCGUCCAUGUGCGCUAUGACUUGCCCCUGCUGCAGCCCCACGCGUUUGCCGCUGGACCCAUCGGCACUUCCGCGUCCUCCCGCCCCCGAUCCAUGUCGGAUCUCUCUUGUCCAUCCAAACGCAGCCGACUCAACAACAUGGCCUCCACUAGCGAACCCAUGGGUUAUAUCUUUGACGAUUCCAUCUCACCUUCGACCACAAACUCGUUUCAAAUGGAAAUAUCCCCCAAUGGCAAAAUAUCGACGACGGUGGCGUUUGUGCUGGGCCACGGGGUGGUGGAAGGACAUCCGGUGACCAAAGUCCUCUUGCGGCCACUGAGCGGACGCCGCCACCAGCUUCGCUUGCAUCUUAGCCAUCACGGAUACCCCAUUGUGGGCGACGUAACGUAUGGCAGCGACGACGACUUGGCUCCGCGUAUGAUGCUCCAUGCAUGGAAACUGAACUUGCGCUUUCCGCCCGAUCAACAACACAUGUACGGGUCGACGUAUUUCCAAUCGCCGGAUCCGUUUGAGUCGAUGGUUAAGACCCCCAUGUUGUCCACAGUGCAAUGGACGGUACAGCCACCUCCCGUCCUUCGACACCAUCAUGCUGCCACGUCAUCGAAGAAGAAGAAAGCGUUGUAGAGCAUACAUUAAGCCAACUGGUCCAAAAUGGUUUGCACGUCCAUGGUAGAUGGAUGCAGCGAGCCCUAAUAACAAAAUAGUGUGGGUAGUACGACUUGCAUUGACAUCACAAGCUGAAUAUGGACACAUGCAUGGGAGUAGUGGAGUAAAUAUAUAUAUAUAUACC